UUGAAUCUAGGCUUUCCAUCAGUGGGCAAGUCUACGCUGUUGUCCAAUCUGGCCGGCGUCUACUCGGAGGUGGCGGCAUAUGAGUUCACAACGUUAACAACAGUGCCCGGAGUUAUUCGAUAUAAGGGAGCAAAGAUCCAACUUCUGGAUUUGCCCGGCAUCAUCGAAGGAGCCAAAGAUGGAAAAGGUCGUGGAAAACAAGUCAUAGCUGGUACGCUUCACGAACUCCAUUUAUUUCACAUUAAUAUUAUUCCACUACUUCUUGCAGAACCACUAUGGAGUUCAAAUUAA